UCCGGUUGCCUCCCCAGCCAGGCGGCUCCCUUCGGUGUCUCCGCGACCGUUGCUGGUGCCGCCGCCGCUUUCGCCUCAGUCCACCAGACGCCUUCGCGAUUCACCUCGGGCUAGCGGGUGUGAGAAGAAAUCAAAAUCAUGACGGACUCCAAAUACUUCACCACCAAUAAAAAAGGGGAGAUUUUUGAACUGAAAGCCGAGCUCAACAAUGAGAAGAAGGAGAAGAGAAAGGAGGCGGUGAAGAAGGUCAUUGCUGCCAUGACUGUGGGGAAGGAUGUCAGCUCACUUUUUCCAGAUGUGGUGAACUGCAUGCAGACCGACAACUUGGAGCUGAAGAAGUUGGUUUACCUCUACCUGAUGAACUACGCCAAAAGCCAGCCGGACAUGGCCAUCAUGGCGGUCAACAGCUUUGUGAAGGACUGCGAGGAUCCCAACCCUCUGAUCCGUGCUCUGGCAGUGCGCACCAUGGGAUGUAUCCGUGUGGACAAGAUCACUGAGUACCUGUGUGAGCCGCUGCGCAAAUGCCUGAAGGAUGAGGAUCCAUACGUGCGUAAGACCGCAGCCGUCUGCGUGGCUAAGCUACACGACAUCAAUGCCCAAAUGGUGGAAGACCAAGGAUUCCUAGACUCUCUGCGCGAUCUCAUUGCGGACUCCAACCCCAUGGUGGUAGCCAAUGCAGUAGCCGCCUUAUCGGAGAUCAGCGAGUCUCACCCAAACAGCAACUUGCUGGAUCUCAACCCACAGAAUAUCAAUAAGCUGCUGACUGCCUUGAACGAGUGCACUGAGUGGGGCCAGAUCUUCAUCCUGGAUUGCCUCUCUAAUUACAACCCAAAGGAUGACCGUGAAGCCCAGAGCAUCUGUGAGCGAGUGACCCCCCGUCUCUCUCAUGCCAACUCUGCCGUGGUGCUGUCGGCCGUCAAGGUCCUCAUGAAGUUCCUGGAGCUCCUUCCGAAGGACUCGGACUACUACAACAUGCUGCUGAAGAAGCUGGCUCCCCCUCUGGUCACCCUCUUGUCCGGAGAGCCCGAAGUCCAGUACGUUGCCCUGAGGAACAUCAACUUAAUUGUGCAGAAAAGGCCAGAAAUCCUGAAGCAAGAGAUCAAGGUUUUCUUUGUGAAGUACAAUGACCCCAUAUACGUCAAACUGGAGAAGCUGGAUAUCAUGAUCCGCUUGGCAUCCCAAGCCAACAUUGCUCAGGUCCUGGCAGAACUGAAAGAAUAUGCCACAGAGGUGGAUGUGGACUUUGUCCGCAAGGCUGUACGUGCCAUUGGGCGAUGUGCCAUCAAGGUAGAGCAAUCUGCCGAGCGCUGUGUGAGCACCCUAUUGGAUCUCAUCCAAACGAAGGUCAACUACGUCGUUCAGGAAGCUAUUGUGGUCAUCCGGGACAUCUUCCGCAAAUAUCCCAAUAAGUACGAGAGCAUCAUCGCCACCCUUUGUGAAAACCUGGACUCUCUGGAUGAACCAGAUGCCCGAGCAGCCAUGAUUUGGAUCGUGGGCGAGUACGCCGAGAGGAUCGACAAUGCGGAUGAACUCCUGGAAAGCUUUCUGGAGGGCUUCCAUGACGAAAGCACCCAGGUACAGCUCACCUUACUGACUGCCAUAGUGAAGCUUUUCCUCAAGAAGCCGUCAGAAACCCAGGAGCUAGUUCAACAGGUGCUGAGUCUUGCCACGCAGGAUUCCGACAACCCAGACCUGCGGGAUCGUGGCUACAUCUACUGGCGCCUCCUCUCCACGGACCCCGUGACCGCCAAGGAAGUGGUCUUGUCGGAGAAGCCCCUGAUCUCGGAGGAAACCGAUCUGAUUGAGCCCACCCUGCUGGAUGAGCUGAUUUGCCACAUUGGCUCAUUGGCCUCUGUGUAUCACAAGCCCCCCAAUGCAUUUGUGGAGGGCAGCCACGGGAUCCAUCGCAAGCACCUGCCCAUCCACCACGGGAGCACUGAUGCAGGAGACAGCCCCAUGGGGACCACGACCACAACCAACCUGGAGCAGCCCCAGGUCAUUCCAUCCCAGGGGGACCUCCUGGGCGACCUGCUGAACCUCGACCUCGGCCCGCCGGUGAACGUGCCACAAGUGUCGUCCAUGCAGAUGGGGGCUGUGGACCUUCUCGGAGGAGGGCUGGAUAGCCUGCUUGGCAGUGACCUUGGUGGGGGAAUUGGAGGAAGCCCUGCAGUGGGACAAACCUUCAUACCCUCGUCAGUGCCUGCGACCUUUGCUCCUUCACCGACCCCAGCUGUGGUCAGCAGCGGCCUCAAUGACCUCUUUGAGCUCUCCUCCGGCAUCGGCAUGGCGCCUGGUGGAUAUGUGUCCCCCAAAUCGGUCUGGCUGCCAGCAGUGAAGGCCAAAGGACUGGAAAUCUCUGGGACCUUCGGCCACCGGCAAGGACACAUCUAUAUGGACAUGAGCUUCAGCAACAAAGCUCUGCAGCACAUGACAGACUUCGCCAUUCAGUUCAAUAAGAACAGUUUCGGAGUCAUUCCCAGCACUCCCUUGGCCAUCCACACUCCACUGAUGCCAAACCAGAGCAUUGAUGUUUCCCUUCCCCUGAACACAUUGGGGCCGGUCAUGAAGAUGGAGCCCCUGAACAACCUCCAGGUGGCCGUGAAGAACAACAUCGAUGUCUUCUACUUCAGCUGCCUUAUCCCCCUCAACGUGCUUUUCGUAGAGGAUGGCAAAAUGGAACGCCAGGUCUUCCUCGCCACAUGGAAAGAUAUUCCGAAUGAAAACGAGCUCCAGUUUCAAAUUAAAGAUUGUCACCUGAAUGCUGACACCGUGUCCAGCAAACUCCAGAACAACAACAUUUACACCAUCGCCAAGAGGAAUGUGGAAGGCCAGGACAUGCUGUACCAGUCGCUGAAGCUCACCAACGGCAUCUGGAUCCUGGCCGAACUGCGCAUUCAGCCAGGCAACCCCAACUACACGCUGUCAUUGAAAUGCCGAGCUCCCGAAGUGUCUCAGUACGUCUACCAAGUCUACGAUUCCAUUUUGAAAAACUAACACAGAGAACCUGUUGCUGCCUCGCUGUGAUGGGGAUUCGGGGCAGACCAAGAACUCUCUCCAUGUGGAAAAAACAGCUCUGUGUUGUGUCUAUGCCCUCAGCCCUGACGGGCUGAAGGCGAAACAAAGGUAGCGAGUAGUGUCCACGUGCCGGUAACUGUAGAGAAUGACCCGUUUGAUACUUUUAGCAUCCGUGAGAAGUUUGUAACCACUUUGCGUUGUCCAUUUGCCACAUGCCUGUGCCACGUCUGUCUUGUCUGUCCGUUCUCGUGGGCUUGCUCCAUCUCGUGCCAAUGCUGAGCAUUUUCUAAACCACUGUAGGCCUCUCUAGUUGCUAUUUUCUAAUAACGCACCCUCAUUUAAACGCAUACACAAAGUCUCCAUCCAGGCAAAGGCACCAUAGAAACAUUCACUGCACUUUACUCUUUUUCUAUUUGUGUAUUUCCGAUGGAUUUGUUUUUAAAGAAACCAGCGGCCUGAAGGAUACAGGAGGGGUCUCUAGAACAGACCUGCCAUUAUCAAUCUGAUAGGAGAUGGCGCUGGGUAUCGGUUGUCCCUUUGGAAAGCAGAGACCUUGGGAGUUCCUUAGCUGGUCCCUAGUUGUAACCCUUUGAUCCACUGUGUGCCAUUCUCCCCCUCCCUUCCCAACCCCAAAGCUGAAAAUCCCUCACCCACCAACCUCUUCAGACCCCUUUGGCACUUGGGUUUUUGUUUUGUUUUUAGAGAUAGGACAGGCCAAAGCGACAUGGAUAGAGCCAGGAAGAGAACCCAUUGUCGCUGUGACCCUUGGGGUUGAGAGCUGUGUGGAGGGGCGCUCCACCCUCCGUUCUGACUUGUCUCACCAGAGCCUGUCAUACUCGUGUCCCUCCCAGGGGCUGCUGAGGUCGCACAGUUUCCUUAUGGUAACGUGCACACGUGCAUGGAUUUCACAUACUAUGUCAGAAGGAAAUAUAGCAGCCACCUUGGGUCAUCAUUGGAAGGUGCGGGAGCUCGCAGAGAAGGGGAAAUGGCCGGGACUGAACAAGCUGUUAGCAUGCAGAUCCAGUUGCCCUUUCCCUAGUCCUUGUUGCAAGAGAGGCAACAGAUGUCUUGCUGUGGUCUGAGAUCUUGGGGGAAGGUCCCCCAAGAUCUCCAACAGCCUGCCUCUGUCCUUGCCAGCUGCACACAGUGUCACAGGCAAUGCCCUUUGAGGGGAGGCCCCGCAGUUAGUUCCCAAGACUAGAGCAAGACUGCAGAACGGCUAAACCCACAGCUCAGCUAUACCUCUCCUCCUCCUAUUCUGUAGAAGAGGAGUUUAAUUCUGGCCCCAGAUUCCUGACUGCCUUUGAUAUUGGGUAGCAUUUCCCAGACCAAGGUUGGAGCCAAGGCCCCUGAAUGGCUGACCCAUUCAAGCUGCUUCGGGAUUUGGGUAUUUAAAUGCUUUGGUGUUUAAAAGCUCAAAGCAGCACUUUUCUUGCCAUUUGCGAACAGCAAGAAAAAUGUUGCUUUCAAAUGCCGGCUGCUUUACGCCUGGUGAGAGGGGGAUCCCCCAUCAGCUGAAAAAAACAGAGGGCAUUUAAACGGCUUUUUUCAGCUGAUGAGAAGGGAAUCCCCUCCCAUCAGCUUUAAAGUGGCUGGGGGUUUGAAAGGAACACUUUUCUUGCUGCUUGCAAGCAGCAGGAAAAGUGUUGCUUUUUGCCCGAAACUUCCUAAAGCGAUACAAAUUGCUUUGGAAAGCUUUGCUUCGGGAUUCCUGAAUCGGCUCAGCAAUGCUGGGGCUGAUUUGGGAACCCCAAAACUUUCCAAAUCGGGCCCAAUUCGAGUUAAAAACCCACAUCGGAAACCCGAAGUGCACACCCCUAAUCCUGUUGCUAGAGAUGUGUGCAUCUGUACCUCUUUCCAUGUUAGUCAGCCACUACUUUUCCCUUUCUUUCUUGUUCAUGUUCAGCCUCUUAGGCUUGCCCCUUUCCCAUACUGCCACCUCAUCUCCUCCCUCAUCAACUUCUUAGGCAUCAAGAGGUCCUCUGAGCAUGUGCAGCCUCAAAGCAGUAGCUAUCAGCAGCUCCCUCCCUCUUCCCCAAUUCCAAGAAGAGAGGGAGGGGGAUAAACUGUUGAGAGAAGUGAGAUUCCACCCCAGUCUCAUUCACUCAUACUCCCUUUGCAAUACAGACUAGGCCUAGAAAAUCUGACUGCUGGCUGUUUUGUGGUCUGAAUUCAGGAUAUGGCAGAGAUCAACCCAUCUUUGUUGGGUGCUGUUGGGAGCAGGUCUCCCUUCAAUCAAAUCCAGCUGGAGGAAAACUGGCACGUAGCACUCACGCAAAUGGGAGAAGUUCUUUAAAACCUAAUGGAUGUGGGACCUUUGGAAUCACAAAACCAUUAUGGGGUGAAUGAUCACACUCAGCAAGUGAACCUCCGUAAGUCCAUCCUGUUAGCAUGCAUGGCUUAUGAGUAGACAACAUCCAGCUUUUUCCAACAAGCAGGGUUGGGUUGAGUUCUUUCAAGAAUCACUUCUCAGCACAAGCGUCAAGGUCAUUCAGUUUGCUAGCUUGUGCCAGGAUCAUGUCUUAACCGUUGGGUGCCUUGGCCCUCUCCUUCCAUGAGUGGAAAAAUUUAGCCUACAUCCAGUCAACAUGGUCACAGUACAGCCCAAACCACUGUCAAAAGACUGGAGUAAAACAAAAUGGCGGGAAAAACCCUUUGUCUACUAAAAUCUCUUCUUCCACAUAAUAUGGAACCUCAUCAGCUUGGAAAGCAACAGGUUCAACAGACCUGCAAUGACAUCCAUGUGGCAAAAGUCAGUAUGAGGGAACAUGGUAUGCCACAUACCUCAGUCAUUUUAGCUGUACUUGGGUUUUACUGCUGUAUAGUGCAUACGUUGAAAGAAAUUCAAAAUGGCUGCUCACUGCGACCACAUUCUGAGACAAAAGACUGGAGGAAGUUGACUCAGGAUUUUGCUUUAAUAUUGAGAACGCCACCCCCGCAGCAGUAAGGUUUGCCACAUGGGGCCAGCAAAUAUGAAGGGAAGGAGGAAUGAAGGGUGUGAGGUUAAUGCCUGGGUCAGAUCCCCUUCAUGCUUCCCUUUGAGUGCAGGGCUGAGUUUGAGCUGUAUUUUUUCUUCAAACAAGCUGAAGGAAGAAACGGAGGUUGAAAUUCCAUUUCAGUCAAAUAUGCUGGGUCAAUUCACUCCUCAAACGUACAACCCUCCAGCCAGUUUUAUGCCACAGGUAGUAAAUAAUAUCAAAAAAUUCUUGGGAAAACACCUAUGUAGCAUUUCUAGUAUGUUGGUCGUUGUGGGCCAUGGGAAAAUUCUUUCUCUUACAACGUGAAAUCUUAGGGGGGUGGGGGUAGGUCUUAUCACUGGUUUUGUGAAACGGUGCCCAGCGUAGCUUAAGCCACUGUUGAAAUACUGGAGAGAAACAAAUGAUGGACCAAGCCUUCAGCCUAUGGAGCCUCUUCCGCCCUGCCCCUUGUCUUUCUGCUGGGCCUGCGUCAUCUGUUGUCUGCAUGCUGUGAUGUGGGGAAAGUGUGGAGUUGGGGAGGAGGGAAAGGGCGGGGGGGGGGGUUGCUCACACCUGCCAUUCUUUCAUCUGACUUGGGGAGUGGGAUGAAAAGGGUUAAGCUUUGCCUUGUAUCAUCAAUAAAUGUCAUU